UAGUCUGGACAUAACUUUAUUUCGACGGCAUUGCUUGUCUUUGCUUGUAAAAAAUUUUCUAUAUAAGGAAUUGUGAAAAACCAGGUCUUUGUGAAAGUGUGUGAAUAAAUUUUGCGCGAUUGUCGUUUCGAUAACUCAUUAAACUUAGUGGCUUAGUGAAAUUUCCGUGGUGUAGUUCUAAAAACGAUUUAUGGUAGAAGAAUCCAAAAGUCAAACCAACCGAAUAAACGUCAAAUACAACCACCUUAAAUGUUAACAAGCUGCUUAGCUAUAACAUCUACAGCGGAGAUCUCGGUUAAUUCCCCGAAUGGUGUUUUGACCUCCAUUAAUGGGAAUCUAAACGAUGAAAGUUUCGCCAUUGAAUUCGAACAUUUGGUAGACACAAAAUCACACACAUCGAUGACAAAACAACUGACUUCCAGUUCCAGCACAACGAACCCCAAUUGCACACUUUUGUCCGUCGCUGCCAAUACACGCGGGUCUGCAGGCACGCUUAUUUUAUCGCCCCUCCCUUCACCUAUAGCCAAUGUCACAGUGGCAAACACUACCCAUGAUGUAAAUUCCGUUGGGACGGAAGAUUGCAAUGAUAAAAAAGUACUGCAAAGAAGUACCAGCAAUUGCAUCACAUUGUUGUCAAAUUCUGUUGACGCUAACGGGUUGGCCAUCAAAAAAUCAGCGAAUGAUACCGCGUCUUCAGCCAAAGUGGGCAGUGAUGCCAGUGGGCGUUCGGCGGCCUUGGAACAUGCCUAUGUUCAUGAUGUUUACGAACACUGCGAGGAACCUACAGGGCCAAUGCGCCCACGUAUCGCACAAUUCCUUAAUAACUUGGAGCCUGGUUCUGUGAUCUGUGAUGUUGGCUGUGGAAAUGGGCGUUAUCUAGCCCAUGGAAAUCCGGCCAUUUGUACGGUGGGAGUGGAUCGGUGUUACCGUUUGAGCAAAGUAGCACGUGAAAAAGGUGGUGAGGUUUUAAUGUGUGAUAACUUGGAGCUACCAUUCCGAGAUGAAUCAUUUGAUGCUGUUCUCUCUUUGGCGGUUGUACAUCACUUUGCCACCACAGAGCGUCGAGUGGGCGCUCUUCGAGAGCUGGCACGUAUAUUGCGUAUUGGCGGCCGUGUUAUUAUAACGGUUUGGGCACUUGAGCAAAGGCAUCGCCGUUUCGAGUCCCAAGAUGUGCUCAUUCCAUGGCAACCGCCAAAAAUUCGCACUCUUAGCUGGUCGGACGAGGAAGACGAUGAUAAUUUCCUCCCGCCGUAUCAUGCCUACACCGAGGAUUCCACAAACUCAAGCCGAUCCGCUGGUGAUGGCGACAGUUCGAGUUUAUCCUCAUCGUCACCUGGAGAGUCGUGCUACAGCUUUGUCCGCCGCGCUAUUCAAAAACUGGCUGGUGGCCGUAGACAUCCGUGGUUUUUGGACUCAUGGACUUCGAAAGAAACGAAAAAUGACAGCAGUCUUGAUUUCGAGGAUGUGAGAGACCUGCCCAUUGAGCUCCGACGCCUUGAAGACUUUGAAGACUUUCAUGAUCCUCCUCUUUCUGCGGGACUCAAAUCUCGUAGUCUUGGCAGUAUACUUAAUCCACCACCUCGUCAAAUAGUACGAUCUCGUUCCAGCGUACCAAGUUUAGGUGGAACAAUUCUUCAUUUGGAUGUAAGCCAGAAAUGCGGAACGUCGAAUGCUGCCUACUCAUUACAAAAUGCUCUGCACGCGAUGGAAAAUUGCAAUGGAGUCUCUGGUACUGGCACUACAAACAAUGUCUCACCAACGAAGUUAAUUAAAACAUCCAAUGUGAAAAGCUUGAAUAGCGGGACUUCAAUAGGACGGCGACCGAAGUUGAUCAAACAGAAACAAUCCCUUUGUGAUGAAGACUUUCAACUGCCAGAAAACCCAUUUCCUAUGAUAAGUACAUAUAAUAGUAAUAGUAAUAGUGUCAGCAGCAAUUUGUACUUGCGCAACAGCGUUUACUAUAACAGCAACAAUGGAAACUUAAACAACCAUACGGGAAGAACCGCGGCAAGUCCACAGUGUCAGACAUCUCUUACUGCCCGCCAAAUGAUGCAGGCGAGUAUCUUUUUGCGUAAGCAAAGUUCUUUGAAUGAGGAACUAAUGGCAGUCAACCGCCUUCGUGAAAAGGAGAGGGUUCGCAAACGUAUCCAGAAGCAGACCUCUUUAAAUGAGGCUUUUCUUUGUCGAUCAGCAAUGUUCUCAAGGAAGCUGCAUGUCAUUCGCGAGAAUUUCACAAAGAAGAUGAAAUCCUCUACGGGUAGCUUCGAGAGGGCCACAAAAACUGGGUUGAACAAACUCGUUCAAAAUAUUUCAACUUAUAUAACACCCGAUACAUCAGGAUCCAGUACGUCCGAAAAGACGACUAACGAACCAGAGCUAAGCAGUGCUGCUUCCCAGACUUCGACUUCUUCGAAAUGCAACAAGUACCAUCAUCAUCAUCAUCACCACCAUCACUACGUACAGAAACAUCUGCAACAGCAACAAUCUCUCAAUCUUCAAAAUUACCAACGUCAAAAAGGUGGCCCUAUUCAAACCCCCGAAACUGCCUCGCCGCUAGGAGCCAAUCUGCAGAAACAAUUAUCGCUCGGCAGCACUGUUAAUAAAUAUGCUGGUCCCGUUACAUACUGCAAUAGCGCUGAGUGCACCACCUCGGCCUGCUAUUGCAGCACAUAUCACUAUGCAGGUUGCAAUACGUUUUGUACGACUAACGACGGCCAAGAGAAUAAAGAGGAGAAAGCACGGCGGCACUCGCGUGAGUCCGGAUCAGACUCCUCCAAAGAUAGUAGUCUGCAAUCGGAUACUAGUAUAGAGUCCGAAGAUAGCUUUGCCUCUGUAAUUUUCAUUCCAAAGCCAGAACAGCAUCAGCAGCAGCUUAACUACCAACAGCAACAUCAAAAUUCAAAUUCCAGCUCGAGCAAUUCUUCGUCAAGUAACGGCGGCGGCAGUGGUAGUGGAGGAGUGUGCCAGGCGUAUGGUAGCUGCUGCCAGCACAAAAAUGGUGCAUGCAAAAUGCAUUCGAAUGGCACUGCUUCCAGCUGCACGACGUGUCUGAACCAUCAGCAAAAUUCACACCAGCAGCGAUUGUCCUCAGUACCUACUUCGCCUUUGAUUAUGCCCUGCCCACCCACUCCGGCACAUUCUCCAGCGGCUAUACAAGCGGUAGCUACGUCACCACCUCAAACAGUAGCUGCAGUAACCGCUGCUAUGGCCAUUCUUACUCCGCCUUCCAAAAAUACGAGAGAUGAGAUCGACGCCCCUUCAUCCCAAAACGACAAUAAAAACAAUGAGCCUGGGGAGAAUCGAUUCAAUUUCGAUGCUGCUCACAUUAAGCAACACGAAAAUGAAAAAGGGGAGCAUAAUAAACAAAAAAGCGAAGUCACGGCUAAAAUUACAAGGCAGAUUAUUAAGAAUUUACCCCCUAUACCCAAAUUCCGUAAGCAACAGUCUCUACAAGCAAUUCGGCAAAAUUUUCCUAUUGUAAGACGUUCCUCGGCAACGGCCUCUUCGUCUGUUCCCAUUAUACCUAAACUCAUGUCUCUGGAGCUGUUUAAUCCCGCCACUGAUGAUUUAGAUAGCGACUCUAGCGAGGCAUCCACGCCAAACUCCAUCGACAGUGUCAUUAGUACAGGUAAAACAAAUGCGGCAGCAACAUCCGCAGAUCAACCACAGCCAGGGACAUCACCAACGUCUGCACAAGGUGAACAAAUCGGCCGCGACAAGACAAACGAACUCGACUCACAGCCAACGAACAAAGAAAACGAGCAAGAAAAUAGCAAAGACGAACUUAAAAUUAGCAGUACUCUUCAUAAUGAGAUAUUUUUGAAUGAAGAAGAUAGUUGCCCAAUACCUCCUACAAGAGGAAAGGUAAUAACAAAUGCGAACUCUGUGAUUAAAAAAGACCAAGACUUUGCUGAGUUUGCUGAACAACUCAACACUCAGUUGUUACGAAAAAUCGAGGAGAGAAAUGGCUUUGAAGAAUGUGCGAACUCGGAGAAUAAUUGUGAAUCCGGCGAUCUCUUAGACACACAUAUCAGUACGUCGGCAGAAAGUCUUAAUAAAAAGCGCAGCAACGAAUUGCGAGAUUUGUCGGCAAUCCGAGAGGAACUGCGGGAACGUCGUUUAAUGCUGGCAAACCUUUCAACACAACCCAGCUUACAGCAAUCGCCAACCUCUUCGACAUCAUCAUUGUCAUCGCAAACUCGGAGCUUUACCAUCCAUGAAGAGAAUGAGGAAGAGAGUGACGAACGGAGUUACUCGCUGCAGUUGUAUGAGAACUGCAAAAUAUCAAAAAUCAAUUAUAAAAGAAACCGGCCAUACAAUCUCAAUCCGGAAACAGCCUAUCUGCUCCAAGACGAGACGGAUAUAUUCGAAGAAGAAGAAGAACUGGAUCACCUGCCUUCACAAGAGGAACAACAGGCUACUACUUACAGCUGGAAAAGCCGGACACCGUUGAACUCUCUCCUCAAUACAAAUACAACUAACUAUGGCUCUGGCGACUCGGAAGUAGGCCCGGAAAAAGAAGAAGGCGCAAAUGCGAAAGAGAGGGAUAAUAACGAACACAAACAAAAAUCACUCCGCAAUCGGCAAUCAACAGAAUCAUGGGGUAAUUCAAACAGCUCAACUGGCUCUCUGGAAAGUCCCUCUCAAGGAGGCGCGACAACACACCAUCGUUAUUACCACGUUUUCCGCGAGGGAGAGCUCGACGCAUUGAUCAACCAUCACGUUGCCAGUCUGCACAUAGUGUCUUCAUAUUAUGAACGGGCCAGUUGGUGUGUAGUUGCUGAGAAAGUCCAAGUCUGGACCAUCUAAAGACAAUGCCACGAAUAAUCUAGAAACAUGCAUUCGGAGAAUUUUGCAAAUUUUUUAAGUCCGCGAAUUAAUAUCCAGAAUCUAUUUAUGUAUUUAUAAAUAAACGGAAUUGCUAGUGUAAUCACACAUCGUAGCUCUAAUUUAGUUAUAAUUCUAAGGCUAAAUUCAAUUUACAUUUACUUGCUUGGCACUAUAAACGAUACAUAGACACACACCCCUGUGGUCAGCUGAUUAAGUUAAGUAAAAUUUUGACCAGCACAUCAUAUACAUAUAUGUAGCAA